CCUAUCUCCGUCUUUUUACCAAUCGUGGAAUAUUAUAGAUUGUGUUGGGCCAAGCCCUUUAAUGCCAACACUGGCCCAAGUGCUGCGAAAUCCAGUGGGUCAUCACUUCACCACCAUAUGAAAAUUACGAAUCCACGGUUCAAUCGCGACGCAGCAUUGGAGGGACCAAGCAGCAGCCGCAGUAGCAGCGGCGGUAAAUCAAAGACGCACUCACAGAGAGAGAGAGAGAGAGAGAAUGGCCAUGUCUGUCUCUCAGUUACUAAUUGGCUGCGGAGAAUCUUCGUCAGCUGCGUCCCAUAUUCUUCUUCUUAGAUAUCUGAAUCGAGCCCUAGACUCCAUCAAGCACGAUAUUACUCAGAUCUUUGCCAACAUUUUCUGCUCCAAGACUAAAUUUGAUUCAAAUGUCAGGACUUGCGGGGAUGAGGAUCCGCCGCCGCCUUCUUUUGAACAUCUCAUGGCAACUAUGGAUGAACGUUACCAGCUGAGAGCUCGAGACUGGUAUUCAAAGCAAAAGGAUUAUGACGAUAAAAGAGAUCCAUAUGCAGUUUUCAAUGUGUUAGAUACAAUGCUAAAGGAUAGUUUGGAACGUUUGAAAACGAUGAGGCAGAGCAUAUCAUUGCCAGAUGUAGGCUUUCAAGAAUGCACUUUGGAAGUUAAUUAUGCUAAACAUGUACAUUUAAUUCGGGAUUUAUGUUUACUGCGUAAAGUGGGGGCAGCUCUAUGGCUUCGAAGAAAAAUGAUACAUAAAUGUGUUGUUCCUGAUGUAUUUACACACAACUAUCUUGUAAAUGGACUGUGUAAGACCGGUGACCUGGAGAGGGCUGAUUGGCUUAUUAGGGAGAUGGUAGAAAUGGGUCCCUCUCCCAACCGUGCAACAUUCAACACUUUCAUCAAGGGUUAUUGUCUUAGUGAUAACGUGGAUAAAGCUCUCUAUGUUUUCUCUGUUAUGGUUAAUAGUGAUAUUAGGCCAAACAGAGUUACUUGUAACAUACUCGUACAUGCGUUGUGCAAGAAAGGUCUUUUGGAGGAAGCAUGGAAGCUUCUUGGGGAGAUAUUAGAGGAAGAAAAGGACAAGGAAUCACCAGAUUUGAUUACCUCGACUAUACUUAUGGAUGGUCAUUUUAAGAAUGGAGAGAUGGUUCAGGCUCUUAGUCUUUGGGAUGAGAUGGUCCAAAAAAACAUCCAAAUAGACGUUGUUGCAUAUAAUGUCCUUAUCCAUGGAUUUUGUUUGAGUCGACAAAUGAAACUUGCAUACCGGUACUUCUGUGAAAUGCUUAAAAGAGGCUUACUUCCAGAUGUUUUUACGUACAAUACACUCAUAAAUGGUCUUUGUAAAGAUGGGAAAUUUGAAGAGGCUUCCUACAUUCAUGGUGUCAUGGCAAGAAUUGGAGUUACUCCUGACCCAAUUUCAUACAAAAUUAUAAUUCAAGGGCUAUGCAUUUAUGGAAAUGUUGGCAGAGCUCAUAACUUUCUUGUUUGUAUGUUACAAAAAUCAAUAGUGCCGGAGCCUCACAUAUGGAAUGUCAUAAUUGAUUGUUAUGGAAGACUGGGAGACCCUGAUAGUGCAUUCUCUAUCAGAGAUCAGAUGUUGGCUUUUGGUGUUCUACCAAAUGUAUUUACUUUCAAUGCACUGGUCCAUGCUCAAGUAAAAGGAGGGAACAUUGCUUAUGCGUAUUCACUUAAAAAGGAGAUGCUUCUUUCUGGUCUUUAUCCUGAUGUUGUUACUUAUAAUAUGUUGAUAGGUGCUGCUUGUAACUUGGGCCACAUGCGGUUAGCACUUCAAUUACAUGAUGAAAUGCUGAGACAGGGAUAUGAACCUGAUAUGAUAACUUACACUGAGCUUAUUAGAGGUCACUGUCUGAGAGGCAAUAUGGAAGUGGCUGAAGAGCUUUUUGCCAAGAUACAGAAAACUGGGCUACCAAUCGAUCACGUUCCGUUUCAGUUACUUAUCAAGAAGUACUGCAAAAUUGGCAAGUUUGACAUGGCAUAUGACCUCUAUCAAAAGUGGAUAACUAGGGACCAACGAGACUAUCAUCUUCACUGGGCUUGAUUCAUGCAUAGGCAUGGAGAGUCGGUGGUUCUGAGAAAUAGGGGCCAUGUUACUGUUCAACUCAUAGCUUCCGUCCCUGAGAAUUCGUAAUGAUGAUGGACAAUAUUUGCUUGUGACAGAUGUCAAACUUCCAUAUACCCUUCCCAGGAGGUGCACGAACAAUGAAAGGGUUGGCAGAAGUUAGUAUUGGGAUUGCUGGAGCACAUCUUGCUUAUGGCAGAAGUUAUUUGAGUAAUCCAUAUGAUUCAAGUGACCAAAGGUUUAUCAUCAACUGUAAAAUCACGAAUUCAUGCUCAACAGCGUAUUCAGGUGACAUGCUGACUUGGAGGGCAGAAGAAGAAUGAUGGCACCAGUUGGCUUGAAUAUCUGCAUCAGUUUUUUAUUGUUUUUGGACCUGGUACUGCACAUGGAAGUUAGAGGUGGACACACGGGAACAGCACCAAGCACGUACGCCUCAUGCUUUGCCAAGUUCAUGCUCGUGGUUGGCAUAGACCGCCAUAGUUAAAACUUCCCAUUACAGUUCAUCUUGGGUUCCAUCAAAAGCAGAGGGAUAUGGUUUCUCCACCGUAGCUUUGUGCCGCAGUUUUAAUUACCAGGACUUCAAGAAAUUUUGAGGAGUGUGGAUAAUUUACCUUUGGAUAAAGGACUAAUCUUGAAAGUUACUGUUUCUAGUCACACCAAUUUGACUACACUGCUAGUUAUAUUUCUCAAAUUUUGGCAUCCCAUGAUCUUACUCUUAGCCGUUAGCACAUUCUACUUUGUACCCUUUUUCGAUUUAUGCCGUUAACCUAUUUGUAAUCAUGAAGUAGAAAGGAAGGGAACAACAAGGGAUAUUGCGACUUGCGAGCA